CACUUCUCGCGUCGCUCUGUGUUUCCCUGUCCCACACGCCCCCUCUGCGUCUGCUCCUGACCCGGCUGUAGCCCCCCUCACCUCCUCCGGGAACCCUGCGCUCUAACCUCCGGAGGCACCGCGCGUCCUCGCUGCGCCGUGUCCGGACAGCGGCUCCAGGAUGGCGGCUGUGAAGGCGCUGCAGCAGUGGUGCCGGGUCCAGUGCGAGGGAUACCGGGACGUGAGCAUCACCAACAUGACCACAAGCUUCAGGGACGGGAUGGCCUUCUGCGCGCUCAUCCACCGGCACCGACCCGACCUCAUAAAUUUUGACUCCCUGAAGAAAGAAAACGUCUAUGACAACAACAAACUGGCCUUCAGUGUUGCCGAGCAGGAGCUGGGUAUCCCCGCUCUCCUGGACGCAGAGGACAUGGUGGCCCUGCGAGUACCCGACCGCCUCAGUAUCCUCACAUACGUGUCCCAGUACUACAACUACUUCCACGGCCGAUCCCCCAUUGGAGGUAUGGCAGGUGUGAAGCGUCCAGCAGAGGGAUCCACAGAGCAGCAGCCUGCGGGGAAGAAGAACGCACCGGUGUCUGCCAAAGUGUUCCCCAUGUCUGGACCGGCCAAGGAGAACCUCCCCCCCUCUGCUCCCCGGGACACCCACAGACAAGAGAAACAGGACAUCCCAGCAGAGCGCACCCCUCAGACCGGUACCCUCAGCAACAAGUGUGUGUCCUGCAACAAGCAUGUCCAUCUGGUGCAGCGCCACCUGGUGGAUGGGAAGCUCUACCACCGCAACUGUGCCAAAACUUUAACAGGAAGUGCCUUCAGCGCAAACCUGCCUAAAAACUCAUCUGUGUCCAGACUGGCCCCUGAUCCAGACCCUGUGAAAACUGGAUCUAGACCUGGUCCCAGCUGGCUUUCCCACAAAGUCAGCACUCCCUCUAGUGUCUCUUCUGGCACAUCACAUCUGCAGCCUGCUAACUCUGCUCCUGCCCCGUCCUCCUCCUCGAAAUUUAGCACUCCAUCUAUAUCCAUAUCUCCUCCAAAGACUUCCACACCUUCUACAACCAACAUCUCCAGUAGAUCAUCUUCUGAACAGAAUGCUAACUCUGUUCCUACCCCCUUCUCCUCCAAAUUUACCACUCCAUCCAUAUCUCCUCCAAAGACCUCCACACCUUCUACAACCAACAUUUCCAGUAGAUUAUCUUCUCAACAGCCUUCUAACUCUGCUCCUGCCCCCUCAUUCUCCUCCAAAUUUAACACUCCAUCCAUAUCUCCUCCAAAGACCUCCACCACCACACCUUCUACAACCAACAUCUUCAGUAAGUCAUCUUCUCAGCAGCCUGCUAACUCUGUUCCUACCCCCUUCUCCUCCAAGUUUAGCACUCCAUCCAUAUCUCCUCCAAAGACCUCCACAACUUCUACCACCAACAUCUCCAGUAAGUCAUCUUCUCAACAGCCUGCAAACUCUGCCCCCUCCACCUCCAAAUUUAGCAAUCCAUCCAUAUCUCCUCCAAAGACCUCCACAACUUCUAAAACCAACAUCUCCAGUAAGUCAUCUUCUCAACAGCCUGCAAACUCUGCCCCCUCCACCUCCAAAUUUAGCAAUCCAUAUAUAUCUCCUCCAAAGACCUCCACAACUUCUACAACCAACAUCUCCAGUAAGUCAUCUUCUCAACAGCCUUCAAACUCUGCCCAUUCCACCUCCAAAUUUAGCAAUCCAUAUAUAUCUCCUCCAAGGACCUCAGAAGCGUCUAGAUCAAACAUCUCCAGUAGGUCAUCUUCUCCAGCACCUGCAAGCUCCUCUAGUACCACUAGCGUCAUCUCAUCCCGUCUGGCUCUGUCUACUCCAGCCAGCACCUCCAAAUCGGAUACAAAAUCGGAAUCUACAACAUCAACAACUCCUGUCCCUGCGGCAAGGACCUCCAUCGCGUCCAAAAAUCUCCAGUCCAAGCUCAAGUUCUUCGAAUCCGGUGAUGGAGACCACAACGGGGAGGAGAAAGGAGGUAAGACCCAGCGUGCGGAGAUAUUCAGUGGGCAGAGGGAGGAGCAAACAGCCAAUCACUCGGUCACGAUGGUGAUCGAGGUUGGGGACAAGAAGAAGGAGCAGAAGGAGCAGAAUGAAGCCAAGGCAUUAGCUGCAGCCAUCAUCUCCAAGAAAGUGAUGGAGGACAAGAACAACAGACCAGCCUUGACCUCCAACAAAACCAAACAAAGCUCAGAGGCCCCUAAGAAGGAAGAGGAGGGGAAGAGGGGGAGGGUCCGACUGCGGGCCAACCCUUUUCUGCUGGCGGACCUGAACACCAGCACGUCCCUGGACCCCAAAAGCACUGACAUGAGCACUGACAGGAGCACUGACAGGAGCACUCCUACAGACUCCAGAGGGGCCCCUACACCAAGGAGCACCUCCCCACAUCCUUCAGGUCAACAGACUGAGGUCCCGUCUGACUGGAGAACCCGACUGAAACCUGUGUCCAAAGAGACCAAAGAGCCCAGCGCGGCCUCGUCCUCCCAGCCCACACCCAAACCCUGGACCAACGGAUCAGGCCUGUCCCAGUCCACAGAUCUGACCAGACUCGGCCCCAGCAGCUCUGUCAUACCCCCGGCUCACAAAGGCUUCAACGCUCCUCCCAAACCCUUCAGAGCAUCAGAGAUCGCCAACAAAUCCAAGACCAAAGCAGGCUACAUCCCUCAAGAGGAGAUCCUGAGAGAGCUGCAGCAGAUCGAGGACAGUCUGAAUGAACUGGAGAGGACCGGAGUGGACCUGGAGCUAAAACUGAGGACCAGUGAGGAGAAUGGAGAGGACGAGUCUGUGAUGAACGAGUUGAUGGUGGACUGGUUCACUCUGAUCAGGAACAAACAGGUGGCCAUGCGCCGCGAGUCUGAACUAGUUUACAUAGGGAGGACUCAGGAGCUGGAGGAGGAGCAGCCCACAGUGGAACAGGAGCUGCGUAUACUCUACAACAAACCAGACCACUUGAAGACGACAUGGGAGCGGCGCAGAGAGGAGGAGCUCAUGAAGAAGCUGGUGGAGAUCGUCAACAACAGAAACGAGAUCGUGGAGGGACUGGACGAGGACCGCCUCAGAGAGAAAGAGGAGGAUGAGCAGCUCAACCAACUCAUGCAGAGCUUCAACCUGAAGAAGGACAAGAAGAAGUCGUUUCUAGGCCGACUGUUCGGCAAGGACAAAUGAUCUCCUACGGGUGCUCUUAUGGGUGCUCCUGUGUGAAAGGACUGCCCACAGGACAUGUGAGAACCUCUGAUCUCCUACGGGUGCUACCGUUUAUGCUCUUACGGGUGCUGCUAUGGCCGGGUGCUCCUUUGGGUGCUCCUAUGAAUGCUUCCAUGUGUCAGCUGAAAGGCCACAUGAGGACCUUUGAACUCCUAUGAGUGCUUCCUCGGGUACUCCUGUGUGUGAUCAAGGCUUGACAUCACCAUUACCCAUGGACUAUACCCUUAGCCAUAGCGAGGAUUAGAUUAUUUUUAAAUAAAUGCAUUUUAUUUUUAUGAAAUAAUAAAUGAACUUAACAUCCCCAGAGGUGAGAUUAGAACAUCAAAUGUGACCAAGUAAAAGUGCAAUAUAUUUUAUCUGUUAUCAGCACUACUGGACUGGACCAGUGACUUAAACCAGGGACUUAGACCUGAGACUCAGACCUGGGACUUAGACCUGGGACUUAGACCAGGGACUCAGACCUGGGACUUAGAACAGAGACUUAGACCUGGGACUUAGAGCAUAGAUUUAAACCUGGGACUUAGACCUGAGACUUAGACCUGAGACUUAGACCUGGGACUCAGACCAGGGACUCAGACCAGGGACUCAGACCAGGGACUUAGACCAGGGACUUAGACCUGAGACUUAGACCAGGGACACAGACCAGAGACUCAGACCAGAGACUCAGACCAGAGACUCAGACCAGGGACUCAGACCUGGGACUCAGACCUGGGACUCAGACCUGGGACUUAAACCAGAGACUUAAACCAGAGACUUAGACCAGGGACUUAGACCGGGGGACUUAAACCGGAGGACUUAAACCGGGGGACUUGGACCGGGGGACUCGACCCAAGGAUUAGACCAGGGACAUGAGUGCCACAUGUUUACAUUUUGUCCGCUAAACCAGGACUAAACCAAGUCUAAAUAUUCAUGUGAUUAUAGUAGUUUUAAAUGAGGACAAAACAUGCAUAUAAACUCUAAAAUACCCAAAGUAUACAGUACUUACUCCUCCGUUUGAGAAACACUGAUGUCUAUAUGAACCAUACUUCAUGAUCACACGGCAGCAGAGUCUCAGCACUGCACACUUUAACUCACUGCUGCUUGGAGAUUAUAUAUAGACCACUAUGCUUAUGUUGUUAAAGCAGCACUAUGUAACUUUUCAGAUGUGUUUAUCUUUGUUGUAUGCAGUAUUUUAAACUGAGUGUGCUUCCCAUGGUCCAUAUUGGAUCUGAGGGUGGAGGAACAUGAUUUGAAUGUGUCAGUGAUGU